AUGCAGGAAAAGAUCUUACAAGACCUGUGGAAAGUUGCCCAGGGAAAAUGGGAAUCCGGUGUUCUUCCAAGCGCAGACAGCUUAGCUCGGGCGCGGGCUUCUCUUCCCACUACACUGCUAGCCGCUGGUGCCAACCUCGAAGCUGUUCAACGUCACAUUCUAGAUGAUCUUGUCCCGGCAUUCAAUGGAGGCAGUAUCAGUGCCAACUACUAUGGCUUUGUCACGGGUGGAGUCACGCCCGCGGCACUCUUCGCCGAUAAUGUCGUUUCUGCCUACGACCAAAACGUCCAAGUGCACAUCCCCAAUCAUUCCAUCGUCACCGAUGUCGAGUUCAGUGCGCUAGGUCUUCUUGCAGAUCUCCUUUGCUUAGAUCGUUCCGUCUGGAAUAAUGGUACUUUUACCACGGGUGCAACGGGAAGCAACAUUCUCGGCUUGGCUUGUGGCCGGGAAUAUGUUCUUCGACAAGCCGCCGAGAAAAAGGGUGUUCAAUUAAACAGCGUCGGAGAGUUCGGUUUGUUCGAAGUAUUGCAUGCGCUGGGGCUUUCUGGAGUUCAGGUGCUAUCGACUUUGCCUCAUUCAUCCCUCGUGAAAGCGGCCGGCGUGCUGGGCAUUGGUCGUGCCAAUGUGCAUAAUGUCUGCCGUGCCGACAACCCGCUCCACUUUGAUCUCGAACAGCUAGAGAAAGAACUAGUAAGAACAGACAAAGUCAGCAUUGUGGCCGUCUCCGCUGGAGAAGUCAACACUGGCCGCUUUGCAACUACAAAGGAGCAUCUGUCGCAGAUUCGCCAGUUGUGUGACAAGUAUGGGGCAUGGCUUCAUGCGGAUGGUGCCUUCGGGGUUUUCGCUCGCGUAUUGAACGACGAUCCAGAGUUUGCAACAGUUAAGCAAGGAAGUGAAGGGCUUGAACUGGUAGAUUCGAUUGCUGGAGACGGUCACAAACUCCUCAAUGUCCCCUAUGACUGCGGGUUUUUCUUCUGUCGACACGCAGACCUAGCCGUCAAUGUUUUCCAGAAUGCAAACGCUGCCUAUCUUACGGCAGGACCCCCAGAUGGACCGGCGAUUCCAUCACCUUUGAAUAUUGGAAUGGAAAACUCUCGCCGGUUUAGGGCCUUGCCGGUCUAUGCAUCUCUGCUCUCUUAUGGAAAGGAUGGAUAUAGAGAUAUGUUGGAGCGCCAGAUCCGGCUUGCCCGAGGCAUUUACGAUUGGAUCUAUAAUCACCCGGAAUAUACAGCCUUGCCGGAGACAUCUUCCAAAUCAGACCUUCUGGACCAGACCUUCAUGAGCGUUUUGUUCCGUGCCAAGGAUGAUGAAUUGAACCGGGAAUUGUCAAAGAGGAUCAAUGAUACUUCGCGGAUGUUCGUUUCUGGAACCAGCUGGGACGGCGCUCCCGCCACUCGAAUUGCGAUCUCAAAUUGGAGGGUUGAUGUGGAAAGAGAUCUGGAACUGGUGACUGGCGUUUUGGCCGAGGUUGCUCGGCGCUAG